UUGUUUCCUGUUUUAGUUUAUUGUUUAAAAGAAAAGGAAAAAAACGAUGUCAAACAAGUCCUUGCAAUUCGAUACUCUAUCUAUCACAAAUUUGUUUCUUUAUUUGAUUUCAUAAACCUUGGCCAUAUAAAUAUUUCACUAAUAAUUAAGAAUUUUGAAUUAGUUAAGGAGGUAAAUUAGAGUAUUCCCAAGUCAAUAAUCACAUUAAUGUUAGUGACUAAUCUUUAUAAGUAUGCAAUAUAUAUUAGUCUACGAGGAAGACCAUUGAAUAAUAUUAUUCUGAAGUCUACACUUAGCUUGCUAUAAAAUGAGGAGGCACAAGAAAGACUUACCUCAUUACACUUGCUCAUAUUUCCUAGUUUGUGGCAAAAAAUACAUAGAAAACUACCACCAAAAAACUAUCAAGAAAAACCAAAAAAACCAAGAAAAAAAUAAUGAGCCUAACACAAGCCACAACCGCAACAAUGAAAGACCAAUACGACCGAAAGAGUGAGCUAAAAUCCUUUGAUGAGGCUAGAUUAGGUGUUAAGGGACUCAUUGACUCGGGUUUGUCUAAGGUCCCUCGUAUGUUCGUUAAUAACCUAAACCACAAUCGCUCUGAUAUUGAGCCCAACAACUCCGAUUUCACCAUUCCCACGAUCAACCUCGAAGGGAUUGAAAACGAUCCUGAAAAGCUUAAGGAGGUGAUCAAAGAAAUCGAGAAUGCUUGUGUGAAUUGGGGUUUUUUCCAAGUGGUUAACCACGGUAUCCCUCAAGAUGUCGUCGAUGGUGUUGUUGAUAGCGUACGUAGGUUCCAUGAGGAAGACCCUGAGGUCAAGAAACAAUACUACACUCGUGAAUAUGCUGGUAAAAAAUGUGUUUAUUUUUCUAACUAUUACUUGUACACUGGACCCGUGACCAAUUGGAGGGAUACAAUAACAUUCGUUACAGCCCCUGAACCUCCUAAACCCGAGGAACUGCCUCUUGUGUGCAGGGACAUAGUAUUGGAGUAUAGUAAGCAAGUGACAAAGUUGUCCCAUACUUUGUUUGAACUAAUCUCGAGGGCGCUAGGGCUAAACCCUAAUCACUUGAAAGACAUGGAUUGUGCCCAACACGUGAUGUUGUUAGGACACUACUACCCACCGUGCCCUGAGCCUGAUGUAGCCAUUGGGUUUGGCAAACAUGCUGAUAAUGAUGUGCUAACCAUCCUCAUACAAGACCAAGUUGGUGGUCUUCAAGUUUGGCACCAAGAUCAACUAGUUGAUGUUCCUCAUGUUCCUGGUGCACUUGUCAUCAAUACGGGAGAUCUUCUUCAGUUGAUUACGAAUGACAAGAUCAAGAGUGUGUACCAUAGAGUGAAGGCAAAAACAGUGGGUCCAAGGGUUUCAGUGGCAGCAUUUUUCAAGCCAGAUCCUUCGAACACAAGGAUUUACGGUCCAAUUAAAGAGUUACUGUCCGAAGAAAAUCCACCAAUUUACCGGGAGAUCACAAUUCAGGAGUACCUUGGCCAUUACUUCAACAAAGGUCAAGAUGGAAGCCCUGCCCUUGACUUUUUCAAGAAAUGAUCAAUUUCGUGUAUUUUCUUAUAGAAUGCUAAUAAUAAGCCUUUCCCUACUUUGAUAUAUGCUACUUAAGUACUUAUGUUAGUAACAAGUAAAAAAUAAUUGGCCUUCCUAGGUUGAAUAGAGGAAUACUUCACGAUGAGUCGGAUGUAACGUAGUUAGAGAUAUAAGAUAUUAUCCUACAUUUCGAAUAUCUCAUAUUUCUAAUGGACAGAGAUACAGUCACUCAUCCUAAUUGCUUAGGUCAAAAUAAGAAUGAAUAAUAGACUUUUGUGCAUCAUAUACCUUUAUGUUCCAUAUAUGUGUUUAAUGUGUGUUAUGUGCAUGGCAAUAAAGUACAGUUUCUCUCCUAGUCUUUAGGAGUUUUUUAUUUUAUUUUUUUAUUUAUUUAUUUUUAUUAGUAGUGCUCAAAUUAAGGUUGUAUAAUUUAUAUACAAUAAUUUUAAUAAAUAAAAGUUGUUAGUUGAGGGCAGUACAAAUGGUUGCGAUAAAUUAAUAGUUUAGUAUUGUGAUGGGCCCUUUUUUUUCUUAUUUUUUUUUAUUUCUAAAGUCAUAAUAAAGGGAGCAUAUUAUGUUAUUACAACAGCCAUAAAGGUUGACAAGAAGUGCUUCCUCUUUUCCUUUUGUUUGCCUUAUUGAAAAUUUUAUGAUUUUCAAGACACGUAUUAAAACGUAAAUAUUUCGAUCUAAUUUUAUUUAUGCAAAUAAUAUUCCAAAAGUCAACAUUGAAACGGAAUCAACAUUAUUGAUCUAGGAUAAUUUAUGUUAAAAGUUCUUAAGUUUUGACUCACAAAAAUACAAUGCGGAAACAAAUGGGAGGAACUCGUCAAAAAAAAAAACAAUUUGGGGGAUGAAGAAUAGUAAGAAACAAACAGAUAGUUGUCAAAUUACUGGGGCAGCUCGGGCAUUAGGUAUAAGAGAGGCCCAUUUUAAGGCCUAUGGUUCGGCCAACCUGGGAUUUUUGGGCCCAAAGCUUAAAAGUCAUUGUUAGGGCCUAAAACGCUUGUCCAAAGCUUGGAUAAAAAUGCAAAUAUUGAGGUCAGCCCAACCUAAGAAAAUUUGUCCAAAUCUGAGCUUUUUAAAAAUCUUUCUUGAGAA